CAUAGACACGAUGUCUAUUUGUGAUUAAAAAGUUAUGGUUAAACAACAAAAAAAUCAACAUGUCAGUUUGUAGUAUAUUUAUAGGAGAUUUUAUGAAUAUUUUUUGUGAUCACGUCAUGUUUUAAGGAACAUUAAUAAUGUCUUCACAAUGUCACAGGCGUACUACGGGAGGGAAAGGGAACAUUGGCAAGUUCAUAGAAAGAGACCCGUAUAUUUAUGCAGCGGGUGUGCCUUCUGCUCAGGCGAAUGAGAAUGCGAGCGAUGCGUUGCAACAUUACCUGCUUAAAGAUGAAGCAGACGCUUUGUUGUCUGAUACUAUCCUCCCGACACCCAAGCCACGCCCGCUUCCACCACUGCGUCAUCCAAUACCUCAAGAUAUGCGAAACUCGGGCCCUUUUGGCAUAGUUGCUAGCCUCCUCAGUCCACCAGUUCCAACUAAAUUCCAAAGUUUAGUUGCCGACUUUAAGGAGUCCUCAUACUCAUCUUAUUGGGAAAAGCCCAUUGGAGGUGUACGGGACCCUACGCCAAUGUUACCAGAAGGCUUUGAUGCUUUAGGGACUACCUUUGGAAAACUCAUAGUGCAGGAUGGAGGGAUCUAUGACGUAAUAAUGCCUAAAAACCCUAUACCUGACAAAACACCCGCAUCAAAGGGCCCAGGUGUUCAGGUACGACGCAAUUAUUGUUCACCACCUUUCAACAUAGAUCAUGUGUACGGUUACCGUACAGGGGUAGAUAAACGAGGCACGAUGGCUCGCUGUUGUAUAACUGAUGAUAGGAUUGUAGAAGGAACAGCGGGUAGGGUAAUGAUCAAUUCAAUACAGUCAAAUUUCUUGGAUGCUCACCAACCAAAAAUUGGGCAGGUAUUAGCACCGAAUGAUAACGCAUCCCAUGUUCCUAAAGAUUACACAUUCGGCAUACUUAGGCCUCCUGAUAAUUUGCCGGAAUGUCUCACAUUUUGCGAAAUCAACAAGGGCGUUAAUGUUUUCAGAACAUGCUUGAAGCAUCUUAACACCGUACGAAAAGGUUUAUCUAAACGCGUUUUGCCAAGUUUCUUCUCUUCAUUUUAUUCGGAACUUAAAUAUUUCGAUAAAGAAAAGAGCGGUUGGCUUGAAAAGAAUACAGUAUAUGACUUAUGUGGAAUCAAGCUAAUACGAUUUGAUACAGAAAUGAUGGAAUAUUUAUUAACUAUGUGGCAGGCUUUCGAUGGGUCUCAUAUUAAAUACAAAACCUUCGUAUUUAUUUUAAAUUACAGAGAGCCUUCUCCCGAAAUCCCUAAAAUUCCAGAUUUACCAGAAGACUGCAUUGACUUUCGUACUACUUACAAAGAAAUGGUGAAACCAGGACAGGAAGCGGAUACUCGCCUCAGAGCUGGUUUACCCUCCGGAAGAUAUUUCGAUGAAGAUUACCCAAAAACACCUGAUAUGUACUGUAAAGCAGAUAGAAUGUGUCUCCCUCAUGAAUCGGAUGCUAGCGCUUGUCUCAGGCCCAGUGUCUUGACGCAACUCUUUGUCUCUCAUCGCGACAUGUAUCAGAAAAGAGAGCCAGAUGUUGUGCGAAGGGUUUUUGAAGCAGCCCAAGGGGAAAAAUUUACCGAUGAAAGGUUUAACGCUUUGUGGGAAGAAGCCAAACAGUGUCACUCGGAAGGUUGGGUUUGUUACGAGACAUUCCGUUCCGUUUUGGAUAAAAAUCUUGAUCCGCCCGAAAAAGAAGAGAAAACCAAAAUUAAACUAAUAUAAAGAUAUA